CAUGUAUUUAAAAAAAAUAGAAAAGAGGGCGAGUCUAGACUCGCCCUCAUGCAUUUAAGAAAAAGAAAAAAAAGGAAAGAGGGCGAGUUUUGAACUCGCCCUCAUACCAACCCGUGACCACUGUCGCGUGCCAGAGCGCCAGAAAAAGGAGGAAAAGAAGGAGGAAAAGGAGGGGUGGAGAUGGAUGUUGGCAGAAAAACCGACGGUGGAGAUGAUUCCCAUAACAAUUUAAAUUGGCCAUUUUUCUUCUUCUCCUUCACAUAUCCUCCAUUCUUCUUCUCCUUCACAAAAAAUUUCUCCCCUCUUCUUCUCCUCUCAACCUCCUCUCGAGUGUUCUAAAAAAGAAUUCAUCUUAUCAUAUUUCAUUCUCCAUCAUAUCUUUCAUUAUUUUCCUCUUCCACAAAUCUAGAACCCAGAUAUGUUGAAGAAUAUGUUGAUGUUGACCCGGAGUCAGAUGCACCACCAGUAUGCCAUGAAGAAGAAAUGGUAGCUACCAACGAAUACACAGAGUUUAGAACAAAAACUGAUGACGAAUUUGAAGAGAUGGAUUUUGAUGGUUGUGAAUAUGAAGUUCCAUCCAAUACAUUCACUAAUUUAGACAUGGAUGCAGUAGAUGACAUUCAAGAACACGAUCCAAUUAUAGUUCCAAUGGUGAUCGACAACACCAAAUUGUACAUGGGAAUGAUUUGUGAAAAUAAAGAAAUGUUGCAACAUAUGGUUAAGUGCUUUGCUAUUAAGAGUCACGCACCAUAUGAAGUAGUAGAGUCUACGCCGACAAAGUGGGUCAUCCGAUGUAAGAAGUCGAACAAAGGUUGCAAAUGGAGACUUCGUGCAAUAAUGAAAAAAUCUCAUGGUUUAUUUGAGAUCACAAAGUUAUCUGACCAACAUACUUGCUUUUACUCAGAACUUAGUCAAAGUCAUGUGCAAUUGGAUUCUUCAAUGCUUGUACGAGAGUUUUUUGAAUUUGUCAGAGAAAAACCAUCAAUAAGUGUUGCGUCACUGCAAUCCAUGAUCAAGGAAAAGUUUGGCUACUAUGUUUCUUACCGUAGGGCUUGGGAUGGUAAAAAAAAAAGCAGUAGCCAAAGUGUUUGGCGAUUGGGAUGAGUCGUACAAAUUAUUACCUAGGUGGUUGUAUAUGGUAAAGCAUACCAAUCCUGGAACACUUGUUGAAUGGAGGGUACAGGUCACACCUAUCGAAGGUCAUGUCAUCUUACCAUCGGUAUUUUGGGCAUUUGGUCCCUAUAAAGAAGCCUUUAGUAGAUGUAGGCCACUUAUUCAAAUCGACGGCACUCACCUGUAUGGCAAGUAUCGAGGAAAGUUAUUAAUUGCUACAUCUAUUGAUUCAAAUGGUCAUCUUCUACCAUUAGCAUUUGCUAUUGUUGAAGAAGAGUCUGCAGAUUCAUGGGGAUGGUUUUUACGACAUCUAAAACAAAUUGUGACCCAUGACGAGGUAUGCUUACUUUCCGAUCGACAUGCUGGCAUUAUAUCGGCGGUUAACAAUCCAGAUAAUGGAUGGACAUGAGCGAAUUGUCAUCAUAGAUUCUGUUUACGCCAUGUUGUCAGUAAUUUCUACAAAAGAUAUAAAUUCACACCAUUGAAGAAUUAUGCUUACCGUGUCGGGUGUCAAUUUCAGAUCUGAAAGUUUGAUAAAGCCAUUCAGGAUCUAAUGAGAAUAAACAGUAGAUGCAUGAGUUUUUUUUGAUGACAUUGCUAUAGAGAAGUGGACUCAAGCAUAUGACGGAGGAUUUCGAUACGGGUGAAUGACAACAAAUCUAUCAUAGUGCAUGAACGAAGUUUUCAAAGGAGCUCGAAUGUUGCCGAUAAAUGCUAAGCUCAAAUUACAUUCUUUAAAUGUGUGAGUUCCUUUGAAAAAAGGAUAAAGGAAAUAAAAGUUGCGUUGGAACGUGGAGAUAAAUAUACCGGGUAUGGAUUUUUCAACUUCACAGUUGGUAAUAGAUCUUAUGAUGUGCAUGUUGCAUCAAUUUUCAGGUACGCACUUCAGAAAAUAUUAAAAUGGUCUGUAAGAUCUAGUAAGCAUGAAGUACAAUCAUAUGAUCAAUCUGAAGGCAUAUUUCAUUAAAAACUGGACGUCACGAAUUAAAUUCUAAAGGAGGAAAUAUCCAAAUAUUGAGGCUAAGUGCUUCUGAGCGGUACUGUUCGUCUAACAAGUGGCAAGCCUUUGGUAUUUCAUGCUUGCAUUUUAUGGCGGUUUGUUCACAGUUUAACAUGAACUAUGAAGACUUUGUUGAGGACUAUUAUAAAAUAUCAACUUACGCUGCAUGCUAUGUGCCUCAAUUUCAACCUGUACCGCAUGAAGAUUAUUGGAUCACACCUACAAGUAUGUCUGUCUUACUGUCGAUCCAUCAUUGUUGAGAAAAUUAGGUAGACCAAAGACUUCACGUUAUCACAACGAGAUGGAUUGGACAUAACAAAGUGCUCAACAACGAUGCUCAUUCUGUAGCCAACUUGGUCAUAACCGACGGAGCUGUACUUUGUUAAGGAGACUGGCACCUGAUAGUUAGACAUCUUUCUUUAAUGACACUUUUUUUGUAUAGAUAAUGGCAUUAAACCGAGGACCAAUUGAUCCUGACGUUUUAUAUGAUCGGAACAUUCACCGAUCAGAAACUGUGUGGGAUGAUCGUAAUACACCCGAGAUAAACUGUAGACGACGUGAGACAGUUGUCCAACGUACUAUCCCACUACACCGCAACAUACUUCCACUGCUACGUGCUUCAGGAUUUUAUGGGCUUGCCAGAUUGGGGUUCAUCCAGUUAGACUGGCAUCUGAUCACUGCACUUCUGAAGAGAUGGAGACCGAAGACGCAUACAUUUUACAUGCCAGUUGGAGAGUGCACAAUUACGUUGCAGGAUGUGGAAGUUUUGGUGGGAUUACCGACUGAUGGCGAGCCCGUUAUCGGUCAGAUGCAUGAUGAUUGGUUGCAUGUUUGCCAAGAGUUACUUGGUGUGAUCCCACCUCCUGAACAAAUUAGGGGGCAGAGAUUGAGUUUAACAUGGUUGGGGGUAGAGUUUCAUGAAUUAGCUAACGAUGCCGAUGAGGAAACUAUCACACGUUAUGCACGAACAUAUAUUUUAUAGUUGAUGGGUGGGAGUAUUUUUGCAGAUAAAUCAACUCGUUAUGUGCACCUAAUGUUCCUACCAUUCUUAGCUAAUCUGCACCACACAGGGCGAUAUUCUUGGGGUGGAGCCUGUUUGGCAUGGUUGUAUAGACAAUUAUGCAAGGCAUCCAAACAAGGUGUUCGUGAAAUAGCUGGGCCACUAAUAUUGUUACAAAUAUGGGCUUGGGAACGAUUCCCAAUAGUGGCUCCGCAACUCCUACAUGUCAAUCCUAAUCAAUUACACGGUCGAGCUUAUGGUUCAAGAUGGAGAGAUCAAUUUUGUGUGACAAGAUCGGCUACACAUGUAGUCUCUCAGUAUAGGUAUAUGUUUGAUCUUCUUCAACCUAGUCAGAUUGUCUGGGAGCCGUACAAAACUGUUAUAGAUAGCUUGCCACAUUUUUGUACAAACGGUCACGACAUAUAGCAAACGAUUAGUCCUCUCAUAUGUUUCUACAUUGGUGAGUGGCAUCAUCCUGAUAGAGUACUUAGACAGUUCGGUAUUCAACAAGCUGUUCCACGUGACUGUAAUACUGAACCACUGUUGCACAACAUUGACCUGAGGACUGCUGAUUGGUCAGAUAGAGUUGCUCAUUUAGUGAUGCGAUGACAUAAUCGCAGAAGGUUUACUGCUACGGGACCUCCAAUUGAGCAGUUUGAUAUGGAUGUAACUCAAGAAUACAUCCAUUGGUACAAAAACAUUAGCAAGCUCUAUAUCACCCAACCGGGAGCUGCUAUGAGUCAUCUGAGAUCGAAUAAUAUUAGACUUCGGAAUGUUGCAGAUGAUCUACAACAGGUUCUAAAUAUAUGCAACGAUAACGAGCAGUACAUGGAGAACAUCCAUUAUAUGUACGAUGUCCCUAUUGUACUUGCUCCAGUUCAGAAGAGAUGUCCUCUAGUGCAAGAGCCCGAUCAAUUGGAAGAAGUUGACCAACACGGGGAAGAAGUACCUCCCAUGACACAGACACAGACACAAAGCGAGCAUAGUUACGUUUGUCCAGUAAUGAUGAUGCCAACAUUUGGAACGACAUAUUAUGAUUCAAAAGUCGGUCAAUCGUCAGACUUUGAAAGAGGAUAUUACAAUUCAGAGGCAGGUCAAUCAUCAACGAACUUUGGGCAACAAUACUAUGAUUUAGGGAGCGAUCCAUCGUCUUCAUACAUGCAUGAUCACGGGCGUGGUCGUGGAGAACAUAAUGAAUAUUUGUACUACGAAGUGCCUGCAGCGGUACCCGAGCAAUCAGAUGAGCAAGUGAUACCCGAGCAAUCAGAUGAGCAAGCAGUACCCGAGCAAUCAGAUGAGCAACAACAACAAAAGAAUCAGGAGAAAAUACAACAACAAAGAGUUCAAAGUCGACGACGACAACCAGCUAGAAAUCGUCGACGUCCAGGUUGUGGAACACAUUAAUUUUUUUUCUUUGAAUGAAAAUUGUUAAAUUAUUGUAUUAAACAUUUUGAUUCAUAUUUAAUUAUUUUACAAUCAAAAGCACUUACUACAAA